GGAGGGACCUCCAAUGUGGAAGACCAAUAAUUAACCAUUUAUCCACUUCAAUGGAAGACCACUAGUGUAAUGUAGCCCUACUAAAUGGGCUAUUUGCAAGAAGAUGGCCAUCACACUGGAAAGAAAUAACAGGUUUUGAGGUUCAUCAACACAAUUUUGAGAACCGACAGUCCAUAUAUACUUCCUGAAAAGAAAACCUCAAAAUCGGUGCCAGAAUGCCCAUGAAAACCUUAUCAUCAUCAACCCAAAUCAACCUCUGUGUCCUCGCAGUCUUUAUCUUCACUUUCCCUUUAUAUGUAUAUGUAGAGUCCCAGUCCCAAACUAGUAGCAUCAUUUCUGAAAGAUCAAUUCUUCUUGAUAUAAAGAAGCACUUUUCGAACCCACCAAAUAUCUCUCACUGGACUUCAUCAUCGGACCACUGUACAUGGCCGGAAAUUACCUGCCGGAACGGCGUGGUCACCGGAAUUCAGCUUGGUGGGCUACUUAUCAAUGACACAAUCCCACCCUCCAUCUGCGACCUGAAAAAUCUGACCCUUCUUGAUCUCCAAAACAACAAUAUCCCUGGAUCAUUUCCUAAAAUUCUCUACAAUUGUUCCAGCCUUGAAAACUUGGACCUUUCUUUUAACAGCUUCAGUGGCAUCAUCCCUGAUGAUAUUAGCAAGCUUUCGCCUCAGCUCAAGGUUCUUAAUCUCUCUUCUAACGGCUUCAUGGGUGGCAUUCCAGCUGGAAUUGGAGGCCUGAAAGGUCUAAAGGAACUUCAGCUAGCUGGAGUGGUGUCAAAUGGCUCAUUCCCUUCAGAGAUUGGCAACUUGUUGAAUCUUGAAUUUCUUGUUCUGAGCUGGAAUUCGUUUUCACCACAGGAAAUCCCACCCAGUUUUACCCAGUUGAAGAAACUGAGAAUCUUCUGGAUGCAACAGGCCAAUUUGAUAGGCAAAAUCCCAAAAAAUAUGAGUGCCAUGGAAGCUCUAGAGUACCUGGAUUUAAAUACAAAUGACUUGAGUGGGAACAUUCCUAAUGACUUGUUUCUGCUCAAGAAUUUGACCACAAUUUUCCUCUACAAGAACAGGUUGUCAGGGCCUAUUCCUCGCCCAGUUAUGGCCUUGAAUUUGAAGGUAAUUGAUUUUUCUAAUAACAGCCUGACAGGGAGCAUUCCAGAAGAUUUCGGACAUCUGGCAAAGUUGGAGGGAUUGGCCUUGUUCAUGAAUCAAUUAUCAGGCCAAAUACCAGUAGGCUUAGGGAGAUUGCCAGCAUUGUCUUCUAUUGAACUCUUCAUGAACAAUCUGUCAGGUGAACUUCCGCCAGAUUUUGGUCGAUUUUCAAAGCUUACAGUUUUUGAUGUCUCCUCAAACCAUCUUAUAGGUUCACUACCAGAUGGUUUGUGUGAUAACAAGGUGUUGAUUUCCAUGAUUGCCUUUGACAACAAUCUCACGGGUGGGCUACCGAAAUCAUUUGAGGAUUGCAACACCUUGAGAGGGGUCAGGGUUGAGAGGAACAAUCUUUCUGGUACAAUUCCUGAUGGUUUGUGGGCAGCUAUGAAUUUGACAAUGUUGGUGAUUAGCAAUAACCAGUUCACUGGUCAGCUUCCACAAAAGGUGGCAUCAAAUUUAUCUCUAGUUGAUAUCAGCAACAACCGAUUUUCGGGUGAAAUUCCACCUGAAAUCUCUUCUUGGAGCAAGCUAGAUACCUUCAGGGCAAGCAAUAAUCUCUUAACAGGUAAAAUUCCUCAAGAGCUCACGGCUCUUAGUUCGUUAUCAGUCCUUAAGCUUGAUGGGAAUAAGCUUUUUGGAAAUUUUCCUAAAAAUAUUAUAUCUUGGAAGUCAUUGUCCACAUUGACUUGCAGUAGAAAUCAGCUUUCCGGCACAAUACCUCCAGCACUAGGUCUUUUACCAAACCUUUAUCAGCUAGACCUGUCUGAAAACCAAUUCUCCGGGGAAAUACCACCUGAAAUUGGCCGUAAACCAAUUUCACUCAAUCUGUCCUCCAAUCAUUUCUCGGGGAAAGUCCCAGAUCAAUUUGAAGGUGCAGCUUUCCAAAGGAGCUUCUUGAAUAAUCCUGGUCUUUGUGCUACUAUGCCCUCAAUAGGCCUCAGGGAUUGUGGGGCAAAAUCUGACAAAUCCAACAAGAUUUCAGCCAAAGUUAUUGCCAUUCUAGGAAGUACAGUAGCAUUUUUAUUUGUAGUGAUCAUUCUAUAUAUGGUGUAUUUGUUCAGAAGUUACAAGAAAAGAGAACGAGCAUUAUUGGCUCGCGAUUGGAAGCUCAAAUCAUUCCACACUUUGAGCUUCAACCAAUCAAACAUUAUACCAAAUUUAAGAGAGGAAAAUGUGGUCGGGAGUGGUGGAUCAGGGAAAGUUUAUGUUGUGCCAUUGAGUAAUGGAGAGAAAGUUGCUGUAAAGAGGAUUUGGAGCAAGCACAAGUUGGAUGAGAUGCUUGAGAAGGAGUUUCAAGCAGAAGUUGGGAUACUGGGCACAAUUCGUCAUUCCAACAUAGUGAAGCUCUGGUGCUGCAUUUCAAGUGAAGAAUCAAACCUACUUGUUUAUGAAUACAUGGAAAAUCGCAGCCUCGACCUAUGGCUUCAUGCAAAAAGAAGACCACCCGGCGAAUUCCUGGAUUGGCCAACUAGGCUACGCAUCGCAAUUGGAGCUGCUCAAGGGUUGUCCUAUAUGCAUCACGAUUGCUCACAACCAAUUGUUCAUAGAGAUGUGAAAUCCAGCAAUAUUCUUUUAGAUUCAGAGUUCAAUGCCAAGAUUGCAGAUUUUGGCCUCGCCAGAACAUUGAUAAAUCAUGGAGAUCCCAACAUAGUGUCCACAGUUGCUGGCUCCUUUGGCUAUAUAGCUCCUGAGUAUGCACACACUAGAAAAGUGAAUGAGAAGAUUGAUGUGUAUAGCUUCGGUGUGAUACUUCUGGAACUGGUGACGGGAAGAGAGCCGAACGAUGGAGACAUGGAUUGGUGCCUAGUUGACUGGGCGCGAUACUAUGUUCAAGAAGGAAACCCCAUUGAGGAUGCUUUAGAUGAGGAAAUAAAGGAGGCAGAGAACAUUGAUGAGAUGUGUGGAGUAUUCAGGCUGGGGAUAUUCUGUACUGGUGCAAAUCCUGCUAAAAGACCCUCCAUGAGAGAGGUCUUGCGGUUCCUCCUCGAUUGCAGCUCUCAAUCAGCAAAUGGAAAAGAAAUGAGUGUUAGUGAGCGCGAUGUUUCACCGCUUCUCAAGUGUUCUAGUAGUGAGGGGAUAUUGGAAGAUGGAGAUGAUGGUUUAAAGCCAGGCCAGUUGUAGUUUAAAAAUAUAUAGAAGAUAGAAUGGACUCGACAAAUUGAGUAUGGGUUGUUUUACUACGAAUUCAACAUCUCUAUUAAUCCAAAGGGUUGAUUCAAGUGGCAAAUGAAUUUCUUAGUAAGGACGAUCUUCGGGAUAAACCGGAUUCAAUACCCACAAGUGACAAUUUAUCUUGAGCUAGUUCUUGUGCCUCUUAGAGCGAAUGAGAAUUACUUAGGUGGAGCCAGACCGUUAAAUGGACGGAGAAAGACCCGAACCACCUUCUGGUUUAAACACAAAAGAAAGAAUGUCUAUUGAGAAAUUCAGAAAGUAGAACAACACUAAGGAGAAAAUCAAUGUACGUGUACGGGAGUAUCUUCUGCAAUUUCAUAGAAUUCAUGGAUGCAGCUUUGAUUAACCUUUUUGCAUCGGGAAAUGUUGUGGAUAAAUUUAAUGGGUUGAAUUCCAAGCCAAUCCGUGAUCAUUGCGAUGAGAUGGCCAAUCUUUCACAAAAGUUAAUAAGCUUGGGAAUGGAAGUGAAUGAUUCUUGAAAAAGUGCAGAAUUUUUAGAACUUAAACAUCUACUACAUCAAGAGGAAGGGAUACUGAAGAAAAUGAAGGAUAAUUUUGUUCAUCUCGUAUUCCACGAUGGUUCUAAUAGCAACAAGUUCAAACUAGGUAAGAGGAAUGAAGAAGAACAAGGCCCAAUGAAAGUUCAUGCAGGUCAAAUUCAAAACGUUGUUAGGUGUUUCUUUUAUAAGAAAUAUUGUCCUAAAACAAGAGCAUGGUUCCAAAAGAAAGGGAUUCAAUUUGAUCCAGCUCAUAAAAGAACCCGUACAAGUACUUGUUCAUGGGGAACAAGAUGAAAGCAUAGGUACGCCAUGGUAUAAGUAGAUUAAAUCUCAAAUAGAGCGAGAAAAUUAUGUAAUACCAGUUAAUCAUUACCUUGUAUAAUUAGAAUAAUUUUGGUAGCUUAAUAAUUAUAAGCAUUAGUAUAAUAGUAUAAAUAGCCUUAUUGUAUAUUCAAGGAUAACCAUAGAAACAUAUCACAACCCUAAUACAUAUACAUACACAUACAUGUGUGUGUGUAGGUUCAAA